AUCAGCGAAGUUACUUUUAUUAUUUUUCAAAACUACAACGAUUGUCAUGUGUGUAGGUACAACUAUACAAGUUAAAAAUUCCCCUAAUGGACAAAAGUGGAAAUGCAACACUAUUUCUGUGGGACAAUGCUAGCCAAGAACUUUUGGAAAAACCAUGAGGAUGAUGACACCCCCAUUGAGAUUUUCAAUUUGAUUGAAAAGAAAGUUUUGUGUUUAGUGCAAGUCCAAAGUGAAAACUCAAAGAAAGGAGAACACGCUUUUAGUGUUGCUAAAGUCAAAACCAAGGAUGGUGAUGCUUUUAAACCAAGGAAUGUUGAACAGACUUCUAGCUCAGAGGCUACGUCCUCACACGUCAAUGAUCAACAAGCAGUUGCUAAUGUCAUGGGGAAGAGUCAAGAAGAAGGACCAGACAAUCAGGAACCCAUAGACCUGACAACAGACAAUCUCACCCACUACGAGUCUGAUAUUUCCAGAGGCAAAAGGCUAGCAACAGAAGUGGAUGGGAAGAAGGUUUUAGCCAAAAAAAACCAAGGCAGUUCGUGUGAAGAUAGAAAAGGGAACAAGGUUAUAGUUCUAUCAUUCUAUCAUUCAAGGUAUGUUUUAAUAACUCGUUUCAUACCCUCAUGUAUAUUUGUUUCCAAUUUUCAAUUUUAGACAUAUAAAAUUAAGCUUUUGUUGAGAAAGUAGGUAGAUGGUAACACCAUUCAGAAAUCCGUAGAAAAGGUACAAGUAGCAUAGAUUCCCUUUUAAGAACAUUGGGGUAUGUACUUAAAUUUAAAUCCUAUUCAAAAUGUUGAUGUUUAAGUGCAUACGUAUUAAUUGUUUUAGAAAAUUCCAUGUUUAAAAUGGUUUUGUAAAAUGCGGGCCAGAACACACAGAUCAAAACAAUUUAGAAUAAAAUAUCAUAUUCACACACCAGAUCUAUUGUUCUUAGUGUGUGUGAGAAUUACUCCAGUUAUGACAUCAAAAAUAAACAAUAAUAGAAAUCUUCACUGAAUUAUUAAUGAAUAAAUACUAGAAAAAAUAGUAGUAUAAUUCUAACCCGACUUACUAUAUUUAAAGCACUUGAUAGGACUAUGCGUGAUAUAUUGCAAUUCACCAAUCGUAUGAGUUUGAGUUCGCCUUUUGGAGGAAAAACCAUUGUUUUUGGAGGUGAUUUUCGUCAAAUAUUACCUGUGAUUUCCAAAGGUUCUCAAAAUGAUAUCGUUCGUGCUACUAUUAAUGCUUCUUAUUUGUGGAGGUUUUGUAUGGUUUUUCGGCUAACAAAAAAUAUGAGGCUGCAAAGUGACGAUACCAGAGGUAAUUUUGAAGAGGUUAGAAAAUUCGCUGAAUGGAUUGCAAGUAUUGGCGAUGGUGAGAUUCA